AUGCGGCCUGGAAAACGUCAAAAGAUGGCAUCAUCUUCAAAUUUGGAAUACAUUAUCACCCAUGUCUUCCUCCCGCCAAAGUUACCUCAAGAGGACGACCGCGAUCCCAAGCAGGAUUUGGCUCUGAUAGAGGAAUGCAGGGCAGCGUUGAGGUUAUUUCGAGCACGCCUCUCUGGCAGAGAGCGUUGGCGAUGGGUGGCUCCGAUAUUGAUGCUGAGUAAGAUGCUUGAGCUAAGGGAUGCAUCUGGAGAUAUGCUCUCUGAAAAGGUUGAAUUAUUCCUGGAGGCAAUGCAGGGUACAGGCGUGCUCGCCUUUCACAUCCGCAGCCAGAAUGCGGGUCUCAUCGUCCGAAGAUUACCGCAACAAGUCUCGUUCGAGUCUUUCGAACUCUCCCCAACAACCCAUGCCGUUAUGACGACGAAGGGCCGGCUGCGGCGAUGUUUUCCAGGCCCGGUAGUUGCAGUAGGGCAGGACAGGUUCGCCGAUCCCUCCUUCCGCAAAGCGCUUGCACAACUCCUCGCAGAAUUGGAUGCCAACACGCCAAAGGAGGCUUGGCCGGUUGUCGUAAAAGCACACUCCCGGACCCCUGAGGUUCGAGACUCAUUGCAUCCGAAAUUCCUUACUGAGAUGCUCACCGGCAUCUUGCGCGGUAUUGGACAGCCAGUCGAUGCGGCUCGGAUUCACAAGCGCACACGCGACGACGUCUUGUGGAACAAUGCCCUGAAGCCCUGGCGCCGAUCACCCCUCUGGCUCCUGCUUCGCGUUGCACUCCAAACAAGCCUUCGGACAGAUUCAGAUGAUCUUCACAAGUGGUACAAAUCGUUCAUGAUCUUCUUCAUGACCCAUAUCUUACAGCGGUCUUUGCAGGCGUCUCUGCCAAGCGAGAUUCUGUUCGUCAUGGCGGCCAAGAUUAGCCGGCGGAUUCUCAAACUCGGCAUUGAAGAUAAGGCGUCCUGGAUGCCGUAUGUGCAUGAAACGAUUGAAGCUGCGCAUCUGGAGCUGGCCAAAAGAUGGAGGAUGAUAGAGCAGAACCUAGACCCUCUCGGAACACAAGGAGCUUGGAAUCCUGCAGAGCUGUCUUUCUACCGUGACACCCGGUUGACUAUUUCAACGCUGCGCCCUUACCUGGCGGGCAUCGCGACUCGCGAGAUGACACUCUCAGGCCAUGGCAGCUUUACGUCUGGCUGUCAUCUACGUAUCAAGCAAUAUAGCUCAACUUUCCCACAGUUCCAGCUCCUGGUGGCGGGUGCCGCCCGCUUGUUCCUCGCGGACCUGGAACUCUGGGUGCAAGACUGGCUUGAUGGUUGGCUGGGAGCGAAUUGGGACUCGCCGUCAACCUGCACGUGUCUGGCAGAGUUGAUCGAAAACUACACUACAACGGCGACUUCUAUCUAUGCCGGGAACCCGGAGGACAUCUCAUUAAUGCUGCUUACCUCCAUGGAUCUAUGGGUCGCCCUAGACAAGUGUGCAACUCUUCACGAGUCGUUACUGAGCAGGUAUGAUCCUGGGUUUCCGCCGUCACUGUUUACCCCGCUGUUGCUGCCCAAGAAGUCGCAGAUGGAGCGAUUGGCACGUGUGGAGCAGUAUCUCGCGCGAAGGAAAAACGGAUCUGUUCAUGAGUCCUCUUUGAUCUUCCAAGAUAUCAACGCGCGGGGUAGUUUUGCAGUGCAGUACUUCGGCCGGUCCCAGCGCCAUCAAGACUUACGACGGGAGAUUGAGGCCGCGGCAGAGAUUGAGCGGGACCAGAAGAAGCGAGAGCUUAGGGAGCAACGUCAACUGUAUAAUCGCCUGAAGCGACAGUCCGACGCCAUGAGCUGUGAAUACAUCACUCAAUGGUCUGGCCGCCGCCAGACUUCUUACCACGACCCGCAUUGCCAAAAAUGCCGGGUGAAGAGGAGUGCUGAGAGUCUGGAAAUUGUUGUUCAUGAGUGGCCGCUUCCAAACGGUGAGUUGGAGGCGAAGUCGGCAGUGUUCGAACUUGACGUCCCAACUGUGAUAGCCAAGUGGCGGGACAUAACAUACACUCUUCUUGUCGAUGUCUUCUCUCCACCGACCCUCGACAAUUCUCAGCGAGUCAAUAUGAUAUACUGCCUCCACGGGUUCAGCGGCUUAAGCAGAUACGUUCGAUCCCAGACUGGAAGGCUCCAACUCGCAUCUAUAGCAAAGCCAUUCGUCGUGGCCCACUACGGCACCAAGAAGAUCCCUCUAGCCACCGAAGAGAAUAUUUGUGUUCACCACGGCUUGCGCUAUUCUAUGUAUGACUCAACAUUAAUGCGGUGGACAGCGGAUCUCCUUGAUCGGUGCGAUGUACGGAGAUUAUGCACUUUUCAGCUCCCAUCCGGACAUUAUGGAACGCUGCAAUACGCGUUAGAUGGAACCACUCAUACCUCUAAUGAAGUUCUUGCAACCCAAGCGGAGUGCCCGAAGGGGCUGAACUUGCAUGAGUUCUAUGCCUUUGCCACUUUGCGAUCCGGUAAUCGACUACAAUGGCGCAAUAUGGCACGUGAGCUUGUCGCCCGGAUCCUUAACUUCAACCAUGAGGAGACCUACUUGUUAGUAGUACAAGCAGCGUGGCAGGCUGGCCGGUCUCGAGACGGGCGCUAUCUCCGAGAAUCGCACGUCGACUUAGACGAAGAAGAGUUUGGAAGUUCUCUACUCUCCGUGUUGGGAGAAGCGCUCGGGACCGUUGAGGGUAACUGGCAGGGUGCUGUAGCAGUCCGCACUUUCGUUGCUCUUGCGACUCGAUUGCUCUCUAUGUCCUCUCGCGGCAUAGUUCGCACUGGUUGCUAUCUCUUUCUCCGGCGAGCACGGCAAGUCACGCUUGAGUGGACCCGAGAUGUGGGCCAGCUGCUUCAUGAAGCGGGCGAUGCCGAGGAAUUGAAGACCUUGAAUCUCCGGGUGCUCGAAAUGGCUCUGACUUGCCAUAGCACUUUGAAUGUGGACAAGGAUCAUCUCUCUGCGUUACUGAAUUCCGAAGAGGAUAUUGCAGUCGUGACUGAAUGCUCUAUCGUUGUCCACGAUCGCUGUCCCGCUGUGACAGCGCGCCUGCCUCGGGCAGUGAAGACCAUGCUAGAGCGACAUGAGAAGCUCUGUCACCUCCUGGAACCGAUCCUGCGUGAAAAGAUACUCGCGGAAAGAGGUGGCAUCGACAGCACGUUACGUCGCGUUUGGGCGGGAUAUCGUCCAGGGCGCCCCUGGGCCACCGUGGAGAGUCCAAGUGAAAGGUGGCUGGUGACUGAGACGUCCACUGAGGGAGGCUUCUCUCGGAUGAUUGUUUACUACAAUGUCUUGGAUGGGAGUUUGCUUGUCAACGGAUUGCCACUUACCCGACUUCCCGGACAUUAUGAAUUGCACAGUACUUACCGUCGGCUGUUUGGCGAGAAAGUUCUGGAGGUCAUCCCUUCAACAAUGACAGGAAUGGCUUUUGAGACGCGGAAGGAGGUUUGCGGGCAACAAAUGCACUUCCGCAUGUGCGGCCCAGAGCUCAUCAUCCGGACUCGCCAACUGAAAAAGGUCUGCGAGUUGCUCCCUAUACACGCUUUGCACGACAAUUUCCCAGCAGCCUUUGUGCAGGACUACGCACACUGGUUGGACAUCGACACCGGGGUAAUUGAAUGGCGUCCAUUGGGGCAUGCAUGGACGUCGUGGCCAGACAACUGGCAGAUGAGGGCCGAUGGCCAAGAGGUUGCUCUGAGCUGCGGCGCAAAACGGUUAAUAGACAUUCGCAGUCCCACGGCCAAGGCCAUCUCCCGGAUCCUGGGUCCGCUGGAAUAUGCAACCCACAUCCAUGUGAUACUGGACUGCGGGACGGAAACGUUGGAGGUGAACUUGCCGCGAGUGAGGCUUGAUUUCUCCCUCCAGAAUCACGGGAACUUGCUUGUGUCGAAGCAAUUCCGGGGAAUGGCAGUGGACGAGUGCCAAUCCUUUGGCGCAUUGACAGGACUCGUUAACAAGCUCGUCUUACGCGAGGUUGAAGGAUCAUCGCGGUCCGUCAUUGUCCCACACGGCCACGUUUCCUUCUCGCGAGAUGGUCAUCACGUGCGGGUGAAUAUUGACACAACCUCGGUCGCUCACGUCAAGUAUCACUCAUACCACAUUGAUAGUCAACUCGGACGACUCAUCGAUAAUGGCAACCUGAGGAGCAGGCUCUUCAGAUUGUACCUUCAUGCUACGACGGCGCACUGUCUGGUCGACCACCUUACCGGGAGGACAGGCACCGAGGAAGCCCUCUACGGUCUCGCAAGUGCUGCCACCCGAUCAUUUGUCGAACUCGAGCCUGAGGAUGCUGAGCUUCUGAGAAUGCUUGCACGAUUGACUCCGCGGCGUCAAUAUUACCCAGAGUAUCUGCGGGUAAUGCAGCAAGUAGAUUGGGAGACGUUAUCUCCCCUCUCGCAACACUGCGCUUUCUCUGUACAGGUAGCAUCGAUCUUUAGCCAAGCCAAGGCGUCCUAUGUGUUCCGAGAACAGCCUGCCGAACUGCCGAUCUCUGAGACCCGUGGCGAGCAUGACCUGCUGGAAAGGGCCGCUAUCCGAGAUUCAUCAUUCCAAACAUACGGCUUUGGCGCCGAGGCGUACACUACAGACCACGAUACCAGAUACCCCUCCCGAGAUCAGGUCUUUAAUGGCGCCCGAGAGCUUCAGACUUGUCGCACUGCGAAGCUUGUAGACAACUGGUCUACAAACCUCACAAUCUGCCCACGGUUGCUCUCUGAAAUAGAGUCGUGGGGCGAGCCGAUUCUAGGUCCUGGCCUGGCAAACAACUUAACACUAGGCUUUGACGUCAAGUGGCUCGGUCCGCCUGCCAAGUUUCUCCCGGACGACUGGUGCACUCUCCACAGCAUCCUCUCCGGAAAGCGGGAGAGAUUGACCAAGGUGACAGGAGGACACGUGCGGCAGUUUCAUGAAUGUCCUGAAUCCGAUCUGCCCAACCUCCCAUUUGAGAUGCAGCACAUUGCUGAUCAGCGCCGAAGAGAGGAACACGAGGUGGCAAAAGGAGAGAAGAUCCGGAGGUUUGUGGAGGAUCUCAUCACGCAGUGGCCUCGAGCCAACAUCUCUACUCCUCCAGAUCCCAAUCACAGAACCUAUAUCUUGGUGGAUGAUGCAACGGCGAGUGCGCGGGCCUGGUUCCAGAGCUGGCACCGCAAUGCUCAAUUUCAAAGAUACGUCCAACGAGCACAAAAUAUUCUAAACGACCUGGCUCCCGAGUCCCAAAACCUGGAGCAUUACUCAUUUUCGCCGCCGGUUGAUGGAUACGUCUCUAUGCGGGCCCAUAUUAACUUUGAGGACCUCACAAGCAACCCCGCUCCGUGGCUCCCGACAGCUGACCAAGGCGACUUUGAUGGAUGGAUUGUUCCGAGUAAUAAAGAGAAUACGGAUCAUGCCAAGCUCAGAGAACUCCUGGCUCAUGUGUCUGCCCAAUGUUCUUCUGGGCAUGAGCAACGAUACGCCAGUGACCUGUUCAAGAGUUUCGAAGCGUUGCGUGAGGAUACGUCUGUCGAAUUGAGCUUACCACAAGAAUCGACUGAGUUAUUGGAAGCACACCUUAUGCGAGCUCAUCGCUACGUUAAAACUAUCUAUCAGAGUAUCUGCAGCCAGUUGCAAAUUGGCCAUGAUCUCGUUCGGAAAGCACAGAUGUUACCCCGCAUAUCCCAGACUUCAAUCCUCUCACACUUGGCGAGCGACAAAGUUGCAGCUCUCCCCGAUGGCUGGAAGAGGUGCUUAGUAGCGUAUGGACUCGCCAUCGCGGCCCUUCAACGUGCAGAACGACUUGUCGCGUCUCACGCAAACUUGGCAGAGCUCCUGACUGAACUCGAGAACCCUGGCCAUCAAGACUGGGAUCCAAUGAGGUACCCUGAAUGGCUUCUCCUUGAAGUCGAAAACAACAUCCAAAUACGGCAAGAACAGGCCCAGAUUGCGAGGGAAAUGAUGUCGCCAUCUUCCGGGUGCAAUUCUGUUAUGCAGCUGAACAUGGGACUUGGCAAGUCGUCCGUCAUCGUUCCCAUAACCGCGGUAGCUCUUGCAGACAGGACACGGCUUGUCAGGGUUAUUGUCCUCAAGCCUCUAGCGAUGCAGAUGUUUCAACUAUUGGUGAAGAAGCUUGGCGGCAUGCUGAACCGACGCAUCUUCUAUAUGCCAAUCUCGCGGUCUCUCAAGUUGGAUGCGUUCCAAGCCCGCCAGAUGUUCGAAUUAUAUCAAGAAUGCAUGCGGGCUGGCGGCGUUCUUCUCAUCCAGCCAGAGCACAUCCUUUCGUUUGGGCUGAUGGGAUUUGAGCAAGUCCUGUCUAGCAAGCCAGAGCUAGGCAACAUUAUAAUUCGGACACAGGACUGGUUGCGGGUAAAUUCACGGGAUAUCCUUGAUGAGAGUGAUGAGAUUCUGAGCGUGCGGUUUGAGCUGAUCUAUACUAUGGGCAUGCAACGCGCUAUCGAGUUUAGUCCAGAUCGUUGGGCUAUUAUCCAGCACGUCCUGGGGCUCUUGGGCCCCUCCGCGCACCAGGUACAUGAACGCUUCCCGCACGGCUUGGAAGUGGUACCGGCGCAGCCCGGCGGCUUCCCAAGGAUCCGUAUCCUUCAAACCCCGGCCGGCGAUGAGCUGUUGGGAAUUGUCGCCAGGCAGCUUUGUAAAGCUGGUUUGCCCGGAGUGCCUGUGCAAAACCUCCCCCCAAGAGUUCGAAAUGUCUUGUUCCAAUAUCUCACAGAUCCGGGGUUCAGCACUACGGCCACCCAGUCGCCCCAGGAAGCCGCAUUUGGUUCCGACACGGUGAGGAACGGUCUCCUCCUUCUGAAGGGCCUAUUCGCUGGUGGGAUCCUCAGGUUUGCCUUCGAGCAGAAGCGGUGGCGCGUCAACUACGGACUCGAUUAUUCGCGGACGAUGCUUGCGGUUCCGUAUCAUGCCAAAGACAGUCCAGCAACACGGGCUGAAUUCAGUCACCCUGAUGCCACGAUCGUCCUCACUUGCCUUUCGUAUUACUAUGGUGGCCUGUCAGACCAGCAGAUACAUGCUAGUUUCGAAGCGUUGUUGCAGUUCGACCACGCCCCAGAAGAGUACGCUCGAUGGGUGCAAGACGCUCCAGAACUGCCCACUGCGUUCAGACAAAUAACUGGUAUCAACCUCAGCAACGCGGGACAGUGCUCUCGAGAAGUGUUCCCACCGUUGCGGUUCGCAAGAGGCCUCAUCAAUUUCUACAUGUCAACCAUCGUCUUCCCGGCAGAGAUGAAGGAGUUCCCUCACAAGCUCUCGUCAUCCGGCUGGGACAUUGCGCGGGAGAAAGCGCACCCCACCACGGGUUUUAGUGGGACGAAUGACAGCAGAUACAUCUUACCGUUAUCCAUCACUCAAUGCGAUCUGCCGCCGCAGCUCUCAACAAAUGCCAAAGUACUCGAUUGCCUGUUGAGAUCCGAGAACUCCUUCGCAGACGUUAAGCAGUCAUCUGACACCGGAGUCCUGGACGCUGGCGUGCUGUUGAAGAUGGCCCUGGCAUUAGAUCCUCCUGUCCGCGUCAUUCUCGAUGUUGGUGCGCAGGUGUUGGAACUGGAGAACAAAGAGAUGGCGCGCACAUGGCUCUCCAACGUAUCAGAAUCUGCCGCCCAAGCUGUCAUCUUCUUUGACAACCGUAACGAGAUCUGCGUCUUGAGCCGCGAUGGGACGACAGAGCCGUUAUUAAUCUCCCCCUUCGCAAAGCAGAUGGAUCAGUGCUUGGUAUAUCUCGACGAGGUUCACACGAGAGGGACGGACCUCAGGAUGCCGGCGAAUUAUCGAGCAAUUGUGACAUUGGGCCCCGGACUUACCAAGGACCGACUUGUGCAAGCUUGUAUGCGAAUGCGAAAACUUGGAAAGGGACAGUCUGUCGUAUUUUGCGCUUCUAUGGAAGUUCAACGCAAGAUCCUCAAGUCCAGAGGCAGGAGCCGGGGCCCUAUCGAGGUUGCCGACGUCUUGAAAUGGUGCAUCGCAGGCACAUGCACCCACACGAGAAAGUGUAUCCCCUUGUGGGCGACUCAGGGGGUCCGACAUCAGCGUCGACACGUAGCGUGCGCUCAAUCUUGGGGCGCAGAAGGGGCUUUUCCGAGACACCUAGCUGCGUCACUGCUCGAAAAAGAGGCACAAAGCCUCCAAGAACGAUACGGAGUUAAAGGGACACAGCGGGAGGAACAGAUAUUGUUAGAGAACGUGGCGGAGGAGCUACUCGCUGCGCGUGGGAAACAGCUAGCGGAUAUCCGAGCCAAGUGCCGAGAAUUCGGCGUUGCAUCAUUUAGCACGGCGGCGCUGCAAGAGGAACAAGAGCGCGAACUCUCUCCGGAAAAUGAACGGGAGCAGCAGGUCGAGCUUCCGCCAGCCGCAACGCCAUGUAAGCACAGUGUCCACCGGGAUGUACGGCAUUUGAUCACACAUGGCGUCCUUGAACGGUCUUCGAAUGCAUUUCGACCAGCCUUUCAGACUCUUUGCAAUACCACCGCAUUCGACUGUUGCGAAAAAAAUGCGUGGCCAGAUGAUCUACUUGUCACAGCCGACUUCGCCCAGACGGUGCAGGCUUCGGCUGACGAACUGCUAGACUCGUUCUUGAGGCCGGUGCAUUGGGUCGUUAGCUGCAAGAAAGGAGAUAGGAUCGAAUCCGUGGUUCUGAGCCCAUACGAGGCUCAAGAGCUUCUACCGUCCGUAAGGCAGUACAAGCACGUGAUCCUUCACGUGUAUUCUCCGCGCCUCAGUGUGUCUGUGCGGACGUUGGAGGACCUCUCAUUCUGUACUGUUCCGACCGUCCCCGAAUCCUGGUCAACCCCCGCUAUCGUCAAACAACUUAAUUUAUUCGCUGGUCAGCUGUACAUUCGAACUUACGAGGAGUACGAAUUGCUAUGUGGCUUCUUAGGACUCUGCUCUCAACCCCCCGAUAAUCAUAUGGAGGUCGCAUAUGAUGGGUUCAUUACCCCGCCGAAUAGAUUCCGGUCGGGCGUUAUCAUGGCCCCAAUAUGUCCGUUCAUGAUCAGCCCAGUGGCAUUCCUAAGAACUUUUAUGGCAUUGAGGAGGAAAGGGCAGAGUUUUACUGCUUCACACUUUGGAAGGAUUCUGAAUGGAGAGUUGAUUUCAAGGGAGCACUUUCAGGGUGAGCUCCUUUUGUCAAGACCCGUACCGAUAAGGCGGCAUGAGUUUCGGUGA